CGUUCCUUCCUCGAGUGACCGGGACCCGAGCAGAGCCUAACAUGAUCGCGAGUGUAUGUCGUGAGUGUUGUACGAGCGUGGGAGAUGCUAGGAGAAGAUGGAGACGGUACCAAUACAGAGUCUGGAUCCAGGCAAUGGACUCCCCACUGGCGCAGCGAUCCGGGCAGUAGUCACGCUGUCAUGGCCUUACUCUUCGUCGACAAGACAAUGCGCACUUCUGCUGGCCGACCCAGACUUCAGGCUACGGCACAACAAGGGCCAGAUACGAGUGCGCUUCCGUGGGCCGAGCGCUGAGGCGGUCGCGAAAGCUCAUGCCGGAAUCGGCGACGAAGUGGUGCUAAGCCUUGACGGCGCGAGUUGGGUGCGAGAUGUCGGAGCACCGAAGACGCCGGGCAGGAGCGUUGGUGGAGAACUUGUGUUUGAGAGGAGAUUGCAGUUCAAGGUGCAAAGUGAGGACCGCAAGGACGAUAUAGAUGUUGAUGCGCCUGCGUCUCCUCCAACCCCUCCACAGAUUGAAAAGAAUCAAGCCUUGCACUCAUCGACACCGCCUUCAACGAGGACUCAGGGUCUAAGAUCAAGCUUCGACGGCACGUUCGACAGCAUUCCCAUCUACAGCUCGCCAGCGUUCGUUAAGCGCUCGCGCUUAUCGGGUGGUUCAUUUCUUGAUCCGGCUUUCGAUCCUUUCAGCGACGAUGCGUUGGAGCUUCAGCAGCCCAACAAGAAGCAAAGACUAUCCUUUGGUCAUGUCGCACAAUGGAGGUAUACUGAGAGGUCGCCAUCGCCGGUCAAACCUACGUCUAGCCCACAUACCGUCGACCAGGUUGGGCACAGUGCAUCACUUGUGGAAAGCCAUGCUCACACUGUCGCUUUCCAAGACGCCACGGAUACCGAUGGGUUGGCGGACGAAAAUUCGGUGUCGUUGAACGGCGCUUCGGAAACGACAUCGAUGCUUGGUCCUCUGCAGCCUCAACCUGUACCCGCGCCGGCCACGUCCGCUGUGGCACCCGUAACAUCUGAUAAUCCACUGUACGGCGACAUUGAAGUGAGCUCUGAAGGACAGCAGCCAGUCAUGUGCAACCACAAUGGCGUUCCAGUCAGCAAUGAGGCCCCUGAUAAUAAUGUCCAGGUUCCUCUGCUUCCCUCCGUCGGACAUGCUCUGGACAACGUUGAUGCGGUAAUGUCUGAUCAAGCGGAUUCAGACACAAAGGUACUGCAGGCGGGGUUGCAACCACCGAUGGCGGAAGAAGCUGGACACCAGGAGAGCGAAUCACUUCCACAUCAGAAUACAGUGUCUGCUAGAACGAACGUCGAUCACGAUGAUCCCGGUCAUGAAGCAUCCGCCAAUGCUGCAUCAACAACGCCAGUACGUUCCCAUCCGCUUGUGAACUUGCAAGGCACAGGCAGCGCGGAAAGCAACAGGUUUGGAGCCUUGGAGCAACCACCAGCCCUUGAGGGUGUACUUUCACCGCAACCUCACACACCCCGGAAGUCUGUGUCUUUCGACUUCCGAUUAGAUCGCACUGCUGAAACGUCCGCUCGGGUGACACCGCAGUCUGAGCGUGAUACGAUCAUGGCGAAGACCUACAAGAGCCUGUUCGGCUUUGGAUCGACGCCGUCGCCGUCGCCGGAAACUCCCGUCAAUGACAGUCCUAUUAGAGUGGCAGUGACAGAGACGGCUUCUAGCUUGCCAGAUGCAGAGCUGGCAACUAUCAUCAUGUUUCAUCAUGACAAUGAAGCACUGGCCGAAACUGCGCUUAGUCCCGGCGUGCCAUCCCCGGAACUCCGCGUGGUAGACAGUCAAGAUCUGGACAAUUCAAACAAAAGCCCUGAAAACGCGGCGCCAGUGUCACACAUGAAUGAAAUUGACGACGGAGUACUCCACACUGUCGCUCCGGUUGCUGCAGUAGAAGACGUAGCUUCACCGCUUCCAGCCGAACGAGCGGAGGAUCCACCGCUCGAUAAUGACCGAGCAGAGGCGGAUCUGAAUGUACCCACGAACGAAGGACCAAUCAUUGCAACAGAAUCUGAAGCAGAUAAGGUGCAGUUAACCGAUGUUUCAAUGACAGAGUCUAAGAGUCUCGAGCCCGACAUGGACGAUGAGGGUGACGAUCAUCUUGGGCGCGGAUUGCUUGUACCGCAGGACGAUGCUCACGGAAAGAUCGCGGUCGAAGAGAGCCUUGUGGGCGAUGAAAGCGCAGACGCUGAGCUGCAUGCCGGACCGGUGGACCAGCCUGCAUUACUCAGCUUUGUUUCCACCACCGGUAACAACAACCUUAUUGACCACGCACGUGAGAAUGACAUCCCAAUUGCCAUGCCGGACCAUGUUUUAGAUGAAGGGCAGUCUCAGGGCCUCAGCCCUCCUAGCUUCGACAACGCAGGCGUGGAAGAGGCGCAAAAAUAUCGCAUGGAGGAUGCGGGUUUCCAACACAAUGUCGAUGACAGCUAUCAGUCUAGCAUACCGGACGCCCAGCAUUCUGCUACUAAUGUGGGACUUGGCGACAGCACUGCUGCUGAACCAUCUCCGCCACUGGGGACUACUGAAAGCGGCCAGGUAACGGAUGGAUCACCUGCAGAAGACUCGCAACUACGACUGCUUGCGCAUACUUCGCCCUCCCUACGGGCUGGGGAUGCGCCGGAGAUAGCGAUGGCUGACAGCACGAUGUUCGACGUUCCUACGAUGUUCGAUGGGAUGACGGACGCGGAUCCCUCCAAUAUUGUGCACGAGCAGCAAGCCAACACAACCGGGACGCUGGAGCAGCCAGUCAGCGUGGACGCGGGCGAGGCGCUCGAGGUUGCUCCUGCCGCCCAAACAAAAGUCUGUCUCGACGCACCUUCCUUGUAUGAUGAAUCACCUAGUGACCUAGGACCGAUCGAGCGAAUUAGAAAGGCCUCCAAGCGGAGUGAGGAUCUUAUGGAAGACAUCGACAUUCACUCCCAAGAAGCAACCCAUGACGUCGCCGUGCCGCAGCCCGUCAAUUACCCUUCCUUACCGCGUAGCCCAUUUGACUCGCAAGAGGUGUUUGAGUUAGAGGAGACCGUGCCGAUCAAACAUGAGCGUAUCGCUCGCGAAACCCUGCCGCUCACACCACAGUUGACACAGACUGAGAGCGACAUCCCGCCGGUGACCGCCGUCGCUGAGGAACCGACAUCGAUGAAGAGGUCGCCGGAGGAACCGCUCGAUCCGGGAGUACUUCAUACAGAGAGCGAAACUCCACUUGCGGCAACCGCCGCACGGCAAACAACGCCACCACAAAGAUCCACGGAACAGCCACUCAAUCUGGAAACGGCACACUCCACCGUCAAAGACAGUGGGGUGGACUCAACGCGCGAUGCCACACUAGUAGGAGAUGAAGAGCAGGCUCACGGCACGAUGGACACAGCGGUCUCAACCGCCAAAUUUAGCGAAGCCGAAAAGGGGACCAUAGGACCGCCACAGGGUCUUGGCCUGCUCCUUGGAACACCAAAAACGCCUACGCGUAAAUCAUUGAAGAGCCGGAUCAGUCACGUUCCGGAUGUCAUCUCCGCCUGGUUCUCACCCAAGCGCUCCAGCGGUAUCACCAAGGACACGCCUGCGCAGGGACCGAAAGCGGCAACAGAAGUCAGAUUGGUGGACACGAACCAUCACGCAGAUGGCGCGAGUGCAGUCCCUACACUCUCGCAGUCCCCCAGCAACGGCGUGCUGACGUCUGUGGGCUACUUCACGCCAUUGUCUCAGCUUGAGCGGCGCCUUAAUCCAUCAAACCAGGCCGCCGUAGGCACAGCAAACACGGUGGAUGUGCUUGCUGCUGUGGCAGACAGCACCAAGCCGCCCGAACGAAGUAAGAAUGGGCCUCGCGACUACUUCACAGUCUUCCGCGUCAGCGACAGCUCGAUCAGCGCAAACGCUACUUUUGAAGUGCAGGUCUUCCGCCCUUGGAAGGCUGUGCUGCCCGUAGCUGAGGUCGGCGACGUCAUCUUACUGCGCUCGUUUGCGGUCAAGUCGAGGAAGCGUCAACCGUACUUGCUCUCCACGGAUGCCAGCGCGUGGUGUGUCUGGCGGUGUGGAAGUCCUCAUGGUGAUGAGCAUCUUGACGAUGAUGAGAAGGAACGGGAGAAACCGAUCUGGGCACGGAAGCAUGUGAAUGGCACGGGCACGGGCAUGCCAUUGCAAAUGCGCGAGGAGGUCAAGGGCCCGCCGGUGGAGCUUGGGGAGGAGGAGAGGCAGCACGCUAAGGUGUUGAGAGAUUGGUGGGUGGCGCAUGGUGGCGGAAACAAUUCGCAAGACAACGACAGCAACGCUGCUACGAAGAGCACGACCAACCCACGGCUUGAGGCGGACCUUUGACUUCAGUUGUACUAUAGUGUAUGAAUAAUCCAGGCUAGCGAAGUCACGUGAAUCGUGUCAUACAUAGAGUAAUCACGCGACCCGCCAGUCGGCUCGCCUUAGGCCC